CGGGAGAGUUACUGCCGGUUCUCCCACUGUCACUAACAUGCGGGAUUACGAUGAAAUCACCGCUUUUCUCGGAGAGUGGGGACCCUUUCAGAAAAUUAUCUUCUUCCUUCUGAGCAUCAGUGUCUUUCCCAAUGGUUUCUGCGGAAUGUCCAUAGUUUUUGUCGGGGAUACUCCUGAACACCGCUGUUUCAUUCCCGGGAACCUCAACCUCAGUGAAGCGUGGAUGAACCGCACGAUCCCUCUGGAACAAGACAAGGACAAACUCCAGUACAGCAAAUGUAGACGGUACCGGUUGGAUGUGAUCAAGAACCUCUCGGAGAUAUUCCCUGACCCGGAUUCCGUCAAUAUUUCUGAGGUGGGACAGGAGCCCUGUUUGGAUGGAUGGGUGUACAGUAAGGAGCAGUACAUCUCCACCAUCGUCAGCGAGUGGAACUUGGUGUGCAACGAUGACUGGAAAGCACCAUUUGCUAUGUCAGUAUUCUUCUUUGGAGUGCUGACUGGUUCCUUUAUUUCUGGACAGUUAUCUGACAGGUUUGGAAGGAAGUUAGUUAUGUUUGGAACUAUGGCAGUACAGACUGUGUUCAGCAUGCUUCAAGCAUUCUCUCCGAAUUGGGAGAUAUUCUGCAUUCUCAAUUUCCUUGUGGGUCUUGGACAGAUUUCAAACUUGGUGGCUGCCUUUGUUCUUGGAUCUGAACUUCUUGGGAAAUCCAUUCGGGUUGCGUUUGCGACAGUGGGUGCUUUUAUUCCUUAUGCAAUCGGCUAUAUGGCCCUUCCUUUGGUUGCAUACUUCGUAAGAAGCUGGUCAACGUUGCUUUUCCUCCUGUCUCUCUCUGGCGUGCUGUACAUUCCUUUGUGGUGGUUUAUUCCUGAAUCUCCACGCUGGUUGCUGAUAAACAGCAGGAUAAAGGAAGCUGAAGGACUACUCCGACGUGCUGCCAAGAAAAAUGGUAUCACUCCUCCAGAUGUUCUCUUCAGCGAUCUUGAGCUCGAAGACAUGAAGGCUAAAAGUAAACACACUCAUUCAAUUAUUCACUUGUUUAAAACUCGUAAUAUCCGAGCCAUCACUCUCAUAAACUUGCUAAUUUGGAUGAUUUUAACAGCUGAAUACUUUAGCCUGUCUUUGAACACACCCAAUCUCCAUGGUGAUGAUUACUUGAACUGUUUCUUCGCUGGUGCCAUCGAAGUUCCAGCCUACAUAGCAUCUUGGCUUUUGCUCCAGAGGUUUUCUCGAAGGUUCAGCCUUUCAAGCACUCUGUUUCUGGGCGGAAUUGUCCUUUUCUUCAUUCAACCCAUUCCUUCAAGUCUUGCAGCAAUUUCCACAGUGCUAGUAAUGAUUGGAAAAUUUGGAACCACAACUGCCUUCGCUAUAGUUUUUGUUUACACUAGUGAGCUGUAUCCUACCACAGUGAGAAACAUGGGUGUCGGAAUGAGCUCGAUGGCCUCGAGGGUAGGCAGCAUCAUCUCACCUUACAUUUUCUUUCUUGGAAUUUAUCAUGAAUUUCUGCCGUAUAUUCUGAUGGGGACCUUGACAGUGUUUUCAGCAAUUCUUGUCUUGCUUCUGCCUGAAACCAUCAAUAUUCCUCUCCCAGAAACCAUUGACCAGAUGCAGAAAAUAAAAAGGCUCAAAUGUGGAAGCACUCACAAAUACCACUACCGUUUUUAUAAAAAUGGAACAACUGGAGAAACUAAUAUGGUGGUCAGUAAAAAGGAGGAAAUUUAACCCAGCCCUUGCCACAGAUCAUCAGAAAUGGAGACGUGGACCAACAAUGAUCUCUUUCCAGUUUAUGUCACGGACUAACAUGAUUUCCUAUUGAAAUAUAUUUAGCAAUGCACUCAAGAUACUCAGGGACCGCUAUCAAAUACUCAGAUCAACAGGAUGCUGUAUCAUUUUAUGUUUCUUACAUUUUUCUCACUUUCAUUUGGAACCAACAGUGUAUUUUUGUGUAACACAAAAUAUUGUGCUACAGAUGGACAGUGUUUUGUGGAGUCAGUUUUGACGUUUGGACAACACAUCAAUGGAGUGCACUGGCUGGCCAGUUGCCCGUAUCUGCAGUGAAGAAAUGGUUGCAACUCUGAAGUUAUGACCUCAUUAGAAUCCUGCCAAUGCUAAUAUGGGGCACCAGAAACCAACCCAAUACAUUUUACCAGAUUGAAGCACAUUAACAUUGAACUCUCUGGGUUGUCAAUAAAGUGACGGGAGUCGGGCCACAAUCCCAGGAUGUGAGCAGUUUUAACUUAUUUGUAAUAAACCUGAAAGAGUAUUUCUGCUCCUCUGCACCAACCUAAAAUAUUAGCAGACUUAGUGGAACUGGAAUGCAUCAACUUCCAAUUUGUAUGGAACUGCACAGCACAUGACCCCGUCAAUUCCAAAUUAAAAUGGCUGAUGUGUUGUUUGGAUUUCUAGUUUGCAUUUUGAUAGGAGCGUUUCACUGGAAACACCCAGCUCUUUUCAAAAUAUCUCCCAAUGUAUUCAUUUCUGUCAAUAGGAUGGUAGGUUACCAGCGCCAUUUUCAAUCCAUCACUACCACGUUAGUAAUCAGGCCACAGAACUAAAAAUUGACCCAAUAUGGGCAUAUUCUCUCUUGGUUUCUUAUCCAGGAGCAUUUUUGCCAAAUGCCAUGAACCAAACAGGAGCAGCAAUAUUAUAACUUUCAGCUGAGUCUAUCAUCUAUUCCUGCUUGUCAACUUGAACCCAACUCCCACUACUAGCAUUAUAGAUAGUUUCUAGUCAACCUGUUGAGGAAUGUUAUUUCUACAUCUCUGAAGCAGAUGGGGCUUGAACCCAGGACUCCUAGCUUAGGGACACCACUACACCACAAGAAACCACUGUUGGUAUUAUAUGGAAAAUAAAUCAUCAGGUUAGAUUUAACAUUAACACUGGCACGAGAUCCAAAAUUUGUAGUCAGAAUUGUCUGUUAAAUGGUACAAUAUAGACAAUGGAAGAAGAGAAGAUAGAAAUAAUAUCAUAGCAAACUAUAGAAUAAAGGAAAUGAUGCAUUUGUGGUUAAUGAUAUGUAGUUGAGAAUUGUGUUUUAGAAGAUAUAUUCUAAUUUCAUCGAUUUUGGAUGGAAAUUUAGGGAUUACUUUACAAAUGAUGCAGACUACUAACUAUGUUUUAUUGAACAGAAAUUAUGCUAC